GUCACCUGCAGCUGAGCCAGCUCCAGUGCCGGAGGAUGGCUCUGUCAAAAGUCCGGUGGGGGUGGGGCCAGAGCAGCGAAAGUGUGAACUGGGGAAGAGUGAGAGGGUGUUGUGAACAGCUUCGGGGAGCUGCCGAGAGGAGCAGUUCCUAGUCUAAACCAGAGUAAUGAUGGGUCUUCUAUGAGGUCCCUACAAUGGUCCAAGGAGAGUUCUCUUACAUCACAUCAUAGCGAAAGACUUCCUCCGGUGGCGGCGGCCAUAGAGGAGAUGCAGUCGUCCGUUUAAAAGCCCAGCAUGUAAUGGGGAAGUCUUUCGAUUUCUCCUCCUGCAGCUCUCGCUCAGCAUUAUUAUCAUCAUCCGUUUCCGAACCUCGGAUCUUCUAUUUUUCUAUGUCGUAGAGUCUCUAGACUCUACACACACCAGAGAACAAAGGGAGAAGAAAAAGGCAAAGCGUUGGAUUACCGGUUCGCAAUGCUACACUCUGAGGAAAAUCGCCUUGUAUUCACAUACGAUGCCGAAACGCUUUGGAUCGAGCCAUGGGGCGCCAAUUCCCUGAGAAUUCGCGCAACCAAGCUGCCUUCUAUGCCUCAGCAGGACUGGGCGCUCCAGUCUCCUUCUUCAUCAAAAUCCAGCAUCGAGAUUACCGAAACAAGCGGCACCAUUGUCAAUGGCAAGAUCAAGGCCGCUGUGAGCAAGUCGGGCAAGAUCAUGGUGUGGAAUUCCAAGGGAGAGCUAUUGCUCGAGGAGUAUACACGGAACCGCAGAGACGUGCUGGAUCCCAAAUGCAGCGCCAUCGAGGUCUCGGCUCGUGAAUUCAAAGGCAUUCUUGGCACAGACAACUAUAACCUCACAAUGCGCUUUGAGAGUGUGAAUGCUAAUGAAAAGAUCUAUGGCAUGGGGCAGUACCAGCAGCCCUUUUUCGACCUGAAGGGCACCGAUCUUGAACUGGCGCACCGCAACUCCCAAGCAAGCGUGCCGUUUGCACUCUCAUCUCUUGGGUACGGCUUCCUUUGGAACAAUCCAUCCGUCGGACGCGCUGUUCUUGGUCGCAACAUCAUGAGCUUCGAGGCAUAUUCCACCACAACCCUGGACUACUGGGUGGUGGCGGGUGACAGCCCAGCAGAGAUCGAGGAGGCCUACGCUGAUGCGACCGGCAAAGUUCCAAUGAUGCCAGAAUACGGGCUUGGAUUCUGGCAAUGCAAGUUGCGCUACCAAACCCAAGAAGAGCUGCUCAAUGUUGCCCGAGGGUACAAGCGAAGGGGCCUGCCGCUGGAUCUCAUCGUCAUUGACUUCUUUCAUUGGCCAACGCAGGGCGAGUGGAAGUUUGAUCCCACAUAUUGGCCGGAUCCGGAUGCAAUGAUCCGAGAGCUUCAGGAGAUGAAAGUCGAGUUGAUGGUCUCAAUCUGGCCGACGGUUGACAGACGCUCUGAGAAUUACGAGGAAAUGGUCGAACGUGGCUACCUCAUCCGCGUGGACCGGGGUAUACGCACCGUCAUGGAAUUCCAGGGUAACACGGUUCAUUUUGAUGCUACCAACCCGAGAGCAAGAGAAUACGUCUGGGAGAAAGUGAAGAAGAAUUAUUACGGCAAAGGGAUUAAAGUGUUCUGGCUGGACGAGGCAGAGCCCGAGUAUACGGCUUAUGAUUUUGAAAACUUUAGAUAUCAUCUCGGCUCUAACCUCAGCAUUGGUAACAUCUAUCCGGUUUCAUAUUCAAAAGGUUUCUACGACGGACUCAGGAAAGAAGGGCAUGAGCAGAUUGUAAACUUGGUUCGCUGUGCGUGGGCCGGCAGCCAGAAAUAUGGCGCCCUAGUCUGGAGCGGCGAUAUUGCUUCAUCAUGGUCCAGUUUCAACAACCAGCUCGCAGCAGGACUGCACAUGGGUAUCGCAGGAAUCCCAUGGUGGACCACGGACAUCGGUGGGUUCCACGGAGGAGACCCCAAUGAUCCAGCCUUUCGAGAACUGUUUGCUCGCUGGUUCCAGUGGGGUGCUUUCUGCCCUGUAUUCCGACUCCAUGGCGAUCGAGAACCGCACCAGCCUCAGCAUGGUACAACUGGCGGCGCAACGUGUGUAAGCGGUGCAGAUAACGAAGUUUGGUCGUACGGUCCAGAGAUAUACAGCAUUUGCAAAAAGUACAUGGCUCUCCGUGAAAGUAUGAGGCCGUACACCAGGAUGCUCAUGGCGGCGGCCCACGAGAAGGGAACCCCUGUUAUGAGAACUCUAUUUUACGAAUUUCCGGAGGACGAGAAAUGUUGGGAAGUCGGCAAGCAGUAUAUGUAUGGAGAUAAGUACCUAUGCUGUCCGGUUCUGAAGCCUGGUGUAGCUGAAAUAGAGGUAUACUUACCAAAGGGAGCAAGCUGGAAGGGUGCAGAUGGCGUCGCCUUACCCGGAGGGCAAACGCUUCAAGCCAAAUGCCCAUUAGACUAUAUGCCGGUGUUUGAAAGAGUUUAGGAUUUCAUUGGUAUAGUAGUUGCUUAGCCCUGUGUACUUUUGCUUGAUGUCAUAACUGUAGCAUUAAAUGGCAUGGUUCUUUCAAACAGUCAUAGCCUG